UCUAAUGACCUAAGCUGUCACUAUGUUGUUCACUCCCCACACUCAAGGAGGAGGCGCUAUUUGUGGAAGAAGAAGAAGUUUCUUCUAGCCUAGGGUUUCUUUACCGACGUGUCACCACUGUUGUCAACAAACGUGGCGUUCACACCAUAGCCCACCACAAUGACGGAUUCUGAGCGAAUUCAGAACCCGUGGAUGGCUUCGGCGGCGGUUACGAUGAAAUCUCAGGGUGGUUGCGAUUCCGGUGAACGGUUUUCUCCUCCUCCUCCGCCGCCGCCGCCGCCGCAGCAAUCAGCCAAUACCGGUGAGCAAUUGGGAGUUGUAGAACGUGCUUUCUCUGCUGCCGGCGCCGCCUUCCUCUCCGCCGUCAUUGUAAACCCCCUCGAUGUUGCUAAGACAAGGUUGCAAGCGCAAGCUGCAGGAGUCGCUUAUUCUCAUCCACUCGGUGACUUGACCAGUCGUAUGGCUUGUUUUGGCCCGAAUAUGAUGUUUGCUGAUUUAAGAUGUUCUCCAUCGUGUGCUCGGGCUGGAAUUCAGGGCACUGUAUCGAUUUGUCCACCUGAGUGUUUCCGGUACAAAGGAACUCUGGAUGUCCUUUGCAAAAUUACACAACAGGAAGGAUUUACUAGGUUAUGGAGAGGCACAAAUGCUGGCCUGGCACUUGCAGUUCCAACUGUAGGAAUUUACCUUCCAUGCUACGAUAUAUUCCGCAACUGGUUGGAGGAAUUUACGGCCAAAAAUGCCCCAAUGACUACUCCAUAUGUACCUUUAUUGGCUGGUUCGUUGGCACGCUCGUUGGCUUGUGCAACUUGUUAUCCUAUAGAACUUGCGAGAACUCGAAUGCAGGCAUUUCAAAAUGGUAAAAAGCCUCCUGGAGUUGUUCAGACUCUGCUAGGUGUUGUCUCACACGUCAGGAGCACAAAUAGUCCACAGAACAGCUUGCAAGGUUAUCGUGUCCUGUGGACUGGCAUGGGAGCUCAACUUGCCCGUGAUGUACCAUUCUCUGCGAUUUGUUGGUCAACACUUGAACCAACUAGAAGAAAACUUCUAAGUUUGGUUGGAGGCGAUGAUGCCAAUGCGUUGAGUGUCCUUGGUGCAAAUUUUUCAGCUGGUUUUGUUGCAGGAACUCUAGCAGCUGGAGCUACAUGUCCACUAGAUGUUGCAAAAACUCGAAGGCAGAUAGAGAGGGAUCCUGUCAGGGCAUUAACGAUGACUACAAGACAGACGCUAAUGGAAGUUUGGAGGGAUGGAGGCUUGAAAGGACUCUUUACUGGCUUUGGUCCGCGAGUUGGUCGAGCAGGACCCUCGGUGGGAAUUGUGGUUUCAUUUUAUGAAGUUGUAAAGUAUGUUCUACAUCACCGGCACACAACAUCAUGAUCAGGUCCUAAUUGUGAAUACUUUUUUUAAUGCCGAAGUGGCUUUUGUUGACAAUGGAGAUUGCAAAGGUAUUUAUUUUUCUUUUUGUGGAAAGGAAGUCUUUCCAAUCCAUUUCUGAUCACCAAAACUAACAAUUUUGAAUAGGAAAAUGACCAGGGUAGGAGAUACUCCUAGUCUUAGGUUUUUGAGCCUUUUCUUUGGCGAUUUUGCUGCCUUUGACUAUGAGAAAUGUACUUUUGUUUCUAUGGGGAAUCUCCCCUCAAGUAAAAAUCUCAAUAAAAUUCAUGUGAAUAGCUAGCAACAUUCAUUUUAACACUCUUCUCAUUGCUCAUUUUUUGAUUGAAAUUCAUGUCAGUCACACUAAAUUGGAGUGGGGCCCAUUUUUUAGUAUUUCAACCAAUCAAUUAGAGGGUUGAAAAAAUGUUAAAGUGAUUGUUGCUAGCAUUUUUCUGUAAA